AUGAAGAAGGUUGUUUUAGUUACAGGGGCUUCCAGAGGUAUUGGUGAAGCAAUUGUCAAGAAUAUAUUGGCUCUCGACAGCAAUGCUGUGGUAUAUGGUAUUGCGAGAAAUGAGGACGCAUUGAAGAGCUUGAAAGACACUGUAGGGGCCAGAUUCCAAUACUUGGCCGGUGAUAUUACUGAUGAAGAUAAGAUCAACGAAAUUGUUGAAAAGGUAGUGCUAGAGCAAGGUCGUAUUGACUCCAUUGUGGCCAAUGCAGGUGUACUAGAACCGGUAGCUAAAGUCGGUAGUUCUUCUGUAGCUGAAUGGAAGAAGCUGUACGAUAUUAAUUUUUUCAGUAUUAUUCACUUGAUCAACAAGACCCUGCCACAUCUGGAGAAAAGCGAAGGCAAUGCAAUCUUUGUUAGUUCAGGUGCCAGUACAAAACCAUAUUACGGCUGGUGUGCCUAUGGUUCAUCCAAGGCAGCUGUGAAUCAUCUAACUAUGUCAUUGGCUGCUGAGAACAAAGCUAUCAAGACAAUUGCAGUUGCACCAGGUGUAGUGGAUACAAAGAUGCAGGAUGAUAUUAGAGACAAAUUUGGACCCUCGGGGAUGACAGCUGAUGCCUUGAAAAGGUUUACAGAUUUGAAGAAGAAUGGUGAGUUGCUCGAUGCUGACGUUCCUGGUAAGAUUUAUGCAAGGCUAGCAGUCUCAGGUAUCCCAGCUGAACUUAACGGUGAGUAUGUAAGGUACAAUGACUCCAGAUUACAAUGA